UUAGCCGCGAGCGGUCGUUCUGCUGCUGCGCUCCGACAAAGCGACUUUUGAGCCCAGACGUUCCCCCAAGGUACAAGGCGUUGCAGGUCUCACCGUCUCUAUCCGGCAUAGUGACCCAGUCCUCAGCGACCUGACCAGUCACUGGACGUCCUCGCCUUUCAUCCGCCACCUGUGCUCUCGAAACCAUGAGCGAUGAGCAAACAUCCGGUGGCGAUGAAAGCGAUUCCCCUGUCGCUCCUGCUGGCCAGGCAAACUCUACCGCAGCGCUCGCCGACGCUGCCCCAGCGGCACCCGAAGAGCUGGUUCCAGCCACGGAGACGUCAGCCUUCACGAUCCUGGCCGGCAUCGCCGCAAUCCUAACAGUGGGCGUGGCCGCCAUCGCUCUCACUUGGUAUCUCUUGAAAGAGACGCCAGCCGAAAAGGAGCCGCGGAACCCACUGCUGACAACUAAGAAGACGAUCACCAAACCCACACCGUCGCCAGGCGUACGGGGGCCGCCGAUGAUCUGCACGUACAACAUUGAAAAAUUCUCAAAGAAGUCACCACUCCCUAGCGACGGCCUUUGUGACCAGAUAUACCUAGACUCUGUGUGCAGAGACCUGAACUGCAGCAGAGGUAUACGGUGGACCCUCACAGGAGCUCUCCCUGAGUUUCUCGAAGUUCUUAAAACAGCAAGAACCGCCAACAAGACAACAAGGUUCGGCCUGGCUUUGGACUCUCAUGCCAGUAACAUGUUAUCGAUAUUCGACAAUGAAGAUAAGAGGAGAGUAAUUACCGAGGAUAUGUGGAACACUUACAAAUGUUCCCACUAUGCAUCGCUUCAAAACAACAUCCGCUCAUUUAGCGACCCGGCGCUGGCAUCAGAACUAUGGACCCAACUGCUGCUCUUAAGAGAGCAACUGAAGAACCUUAGGGGAGUGCAAGACGAUUUCGGGUUGGUGCUGGGUGUCACAAGUACGGACAUACCAAGCAUGGUUAGGCAAGUGCUUGAAGACUACAAGAGAACGCCCCCGUACUGGACUAAUUUUAUUAUCAUCAGCCACACAUCGUUCGCAAACUACGCCUUGCCACCAUACGACGAUAAACUCAGCUUUGAUUUGACGAACUGUUAUAUCGUGCCACCUACUAUACAUAAUUACAACAGUCACUACAACCAGACCUACUACGGCACUUUGGAGGACUCGUCGAAGUUCCUGCAAAAACUUCUGAAUGCGUCCCAGAAUGUUCCGGUAUCGGUGUCGGUGACGUUAAAAGGUCGCUGGUUUACGUCAGAAAGGCCCCCAGACCAAAACAGGGAAUUAUUCAAGAAGUGCACGAAUUUCAACAAAACCACGGACGCAUCACCGGACUCUGUCUGCGUUCACAAACUUAGAGGCAAAUACUUCUAUAAUAAAAACUAUGAGUCAGCGUUUUUCAACGACAGUACUCGGGUCUUUACGUUUGACACGGAAGAGGCACUGAGGGCUAAGAAAGGCCCUGGAUGCUUGCCUAACGAGGAAGUGACUUACACUUUCCCUAUGAUGUGCUUCAAGGUCUGUGCACUCUACAUCCUGUCGCAGAUGUGUGCCUACAAGGAAAGAGCAAAACAAUUACACUUCGGCAUCGCCGUGUACGACAUUGACGCCGACGCGUCAUCAGACCCGUGCAAUGAGACCAAAUACACGGGCCAAUACAAGAGGCUGAAGCUGCUCCGCAAGCUGAACGGCUUCAUGGAGAAAUACACCAACAAGAAGGACUGCGAAAGUGUAUCCUAGCAUGUGUUUACAGUGGCUGUGAAGCGUGGCCUUGGGAAAUGAACUGAUGCCUGAUCGUCGACUACGAUUAUUGGCGAAAACUGCACAUUGUUUUUGCGUGUAUAUACCUCUUCCUUAUAUAAUCUAACUACCCUAUGCUAUUUCAGCGACAUGUUUACUGUACGUUUUUUUCGUUUUUUUUCAGAAUACGUUCCUUUCAUGCCGUUACCUUAGUCAAUAAGAGAGUCCUUGUGUAAAACUCUAUUGUGUGAUAGAAUACGCCAGUCAUUUCGUUGCGA